UCCAGACAUUUGAUAGAAACCCGCCUCCGAUGUUCAGUGAUUAUGGUGAUUAUUUUCUCCCUAGUAUGAUGAUGAUCGGAAUAGAUAUGAUAACCAGAUAGACCUGGAGGUUACCCAUUGUACCGAGUCUGUAAAGAUGGGUUGAUUGUUCCUGUCAGCGUUCUUGGAGUGUUUGCAGGUGAAGUUGCAAUCACGAAGUCGUCACAUCUAACCCGCUCUGUGACUGGAAACACGUAAAUUUCUCUUCAUGUACACAGGGAGAAUCCACCAGCCGUAGUUCAGACUGCACCAGCUGACAGACAAUGGCUCACCGAGGGAAGAAAGAGGAGGAUCCGGACUGGAUGGGUGACGGUGAUGUCACCGCCUCCGACACGCACACAACUGACGAAGCCAUCCCCCUGACCCGGGAUGAUGAUGAGGCAAUCGUGUGGACGCCUGAAGUGUUCCCGAGCGACUCCGCCCUUGGGAACGUCAGCAAUGGGGACCAGGAGUAUGAGACUGAGGCAGCACAGUCGGUCCGGGAUCCACAGUUAUCGUUUAUCCGUGAGAUGGACCGUGGUGAAUGUGUCUCUCACCUCUCCUUCCUUCAUGACGAGGUGGAGAAGAUGUUUGUGAUGCCGAAGAGGUUUGACAUCGAUGAGUUGUCCUCGUCAAAUGUUGUCCCCGACAGAAACCGUCGACCCAGCGAGGUGACAGUCACAGACAGGCACUUUGAUGAACAUGACUAUGCAGUCCACCGACGACUGUCCUUUCCCCACACGCAUCAGCCAUUGCGCUCGCUCUCCAAUAAGUCUCUCAAGACACUCAAACCAUCAAAAGUCAAGAAAAAGAAGAAAAAGAAGAAGAAAAAGAUGCGGAGCUUCCCGUCGAAGGGUGCACUGAAGUCGCCUCCAAUUCCAGAGGAAAUUGAGGAUGAAGAUGAUGAUGAAGAUGAUGAGUGGCAACGGAUGAAUCGGAUGACAUGGACAUCGAGGAGGAGAGGGAGGAGGAGGGAGAGUUUGUGGGGGGGCGGAGCACCUGACCAAGACCGACACCGCAACGUCUCAGUCCCGAGCAUCUCUGUAGGCUUCUUCAUCGGAGAAGAUGAUGAAGAGACUUCACCCUCUGAGGAAGUCAAGGGUUUUCCAAGUGACUCGAAGCCAUCAUCUUCAGCAAGAGUCAAGCAUGAAGGGUCCGAGGAACCAGUGACUUCAGCAAUGCAUGGGUCUGUUAGUGACGAGCCGCAAGUAUCCCAGCAUGCAGCUAGCUUACAUAUACCACACGGAGGGGGUGGGUCUCGUUCGCGGAAGGACAGUGCCCCACAGGUCAAGUUUUUACUGGGUGGUGAUAGCAGUGAGGUUAGCCUGGCUGAAAAGGAGGAGCCGGUGUGGGUGCCUCAAUCUCCCAACGGGGACGUGACAGAUGGGGGUGCUCCUCAUGCAUCACAGUCGGACAGCAAGCUGGGGAAACAGAAACACAGAAAGCACCACCAUGAGCACUUCCGUAAGGAACAUCUCAUUAUGAGACGCCAGCGUGGAUCGGAAGUCCACCUGGACAACAUGGACAAGCUGAAGAGGUCGCCCACAGAAACAGAAGAGGCCAUGUUGCUUCAAAAGGCCGACCUGGACAAUUUGGCCAGUCACAGAUUCGAGGAUGUGCGGGGCAUCAGACGGCAUAAGAUCAACCGUCAUCGCAAUGCGAUGCACUCAAUCGUGCACAUCAGCAAGCUGGCCAAGGAGAAGAAGCUGCAUAAACCCAAGAAGAUUGACCACAGUCCUCAUGAGGUGUUCGUGGAGCUGGACAAGCUGCAUGUGGGCCCUGACCCUGACAUGGAGUGGGAGUGGAGGGAGAAGGCUCGAUGGAUCAAGUUUGAGGAGGAUGUUGAAGAGGGAGCUGAGAGGUGGGGUAAACCCCAUGUGGCCUCUCUGUCCUUCCAUAGUCUCCUGGAACUCAGGAGGGGUCUGGAACAUGGCACCAUGCUCCUUGACCUUGAUGCCAGUGACCUUCAGACCAUUAUCCACCGGGUCGUGGAAAACAUGACAAUCACUGACCAGAUCCGAGAGCAGGACAAGGGGAGACUAAUCCGCACACUCCUCCUGAAACACAAGCAUGUUAGUGAACGCAGCACGUUUCUGCCCCGAAACGUGUCUUAUUCCAACCUUGUGGGGUUGGAUACAUCCAGGCAUUAUCACCAGCGCCGGAAGUCAAUGAUUCCAAACUUGUCCCAGGCUAGCUUCGGGAACAUUGGGUCAAGUGUGGACCUCAAGAAGCUGAAUGAGGAGUACCAAGGCAGCACUCCACACCACGAGGCUGCCAAGCUGGAGAUGGUGAAGGUCGACGUGGACAACAACAUGACUGAUGGGGUACACAUAGGAAUCUCUGCUGCCGAGCCAAAGCGUAAUGUGCAGGACAUUAUGCGGCGAAUUCCUGCAGGCGCAGAAGCCAGCAUUGUGCUAGUUGGUAACGUCGACUUCCUGGAGAAACCGGCAGUGGCCUUUGUUCGUCUAGAACAGGGUCAGGUACUGGACAACCUCACAGAGGUGCCACUGCCUACUCGCCUCGUCAUCAUCCUCCUUGGUCCGGAGAGUGCCAUGGACUAUCACGAAGUGGGUCGGUCCAUUUCUACACUCAUGGCCAAUCAGAGUUUCCAUGAAGUGGCUUACAAAGCUGAUUCGAGGGAACAACUUCUACAUGCCAUCAACAGUUUCCUGGAUGACUCCAUAGUGCUGCCCCCUGGUGACUGGGACCAGAAGACGCUGCUGCCAAUCAUGGACAUGGCCCGGAAACGUGCUAACCUUCGACAUCGCAAGAAGAAAAAACUUGAGGAACAAACAACCCUGCUGGACAAGGAACACAAGAAGAUCCCCACAGACCCCCUACUGCGGACUGGCUGUUUGUUUGGCGGUCUCAUCAACGACAUCAAGCGGCGCUACCCUCACUACGUCAGUGACCUGCGAGACUCCAUCAACCUCCAGUGCCUCAUGGCACUCGUCUUCAUCUUCUUUGCCUGUUUUUCUCCAUGUAUAGCCUUCGGUGGAAUUCUCAGUGAGAAGACCAAAGGCAUGAUGGGAGUCAGUGAGACGGUGGUGAGCACCUCGCUGUGUGGCAUUGUGUUUGGCUUGUUCUGUGGGCAGCCGCUGCUGAUUGUGGGGGCCACUGGCCCAGUGCUGGUGUUUGAACAAUCACUGUAUAAGUUCUGUGAUGCCAAUGACAUUGAGUUUCUGUCAUUCCGGUGCUGGAUCGGCAUGUGGGUGUGUAUCAUCACCUCGGUAACGGUGGCACUAGAAGGAAGCUUCCUCAUCCGCUACGUCACACGUUUCACUGAAGAGAUAUUUGCCAUUCUCAUUUCGCUCAUCUUCAUCUACGAGGCUAUCAAGAAACUUGAUAAGACUUUCACCUACCAUCCUCUGAAUGCUGUGUUCUGCCCCAAUGACACGGAGCAUGCCGUUGACAGUAGUAAUUACCCUGACCUGUACCGCAACAUCACCAACUUCACUGACAUCACCAACAUCACCAGCAACAACAACACCAACAACAACACCAGCCCAGCAUAUGAUUCGGAUGACCAUCAUGAAAGGCGCAAUGAACCAAACACCGCUCUCCUCACAACCAUCUUGGUGCUCGGGACUUUCCUCAUAGCCUAUUUCCUGAGAAUCUUCAGGAACAGCAAAUUCUUAGGCAGGAGUGCUCGUCGAGCUCUUGGAGAUUUCGGAAUCCUGAUCGCCCUCGUCCUCAUGGUCCUGCUUGACUACUCACUUCAAGACACCUACACUCAGAAACUGGAAAUCCAGGAUUCUCUCAGUCCCACAUCCAAGAAGCGGUAUGGCUGGUUUGUCAACCCGAUGGGGAGCAAGAAUAACAUGGAAGUAUGGAUGGUGUUUGCAGCCAUAAUCCCUGCCUUCCUCAUCUUCAUCUUGCUUUUCAUGGAGAUACAGCUCACUGAGGUCAUCCUUAAUAAGAAAGACAGAAAGCUGAGGAAGGGGCGCGGAUUCCACUUGGAUCAGUUUAUCAUGGGCGUGCUAACAUUUGUGUGUGGCCUGCUUGGACUGCCUUGGAUGUGCGCUGCCACAGUUCGCACUGUUGCUCACACAUCCGCCCUCAGUGUCUUCUCCAGCACACACGCCCCUGGAGAGAAGCCCAAGCUGCUGUAUGUUAUUGAGCAGAGACUUACCAAUGUCAUGGUCAGCUUACUUAUAGGUGUUACCCUGUUCAUGGGACCCCUGCUGCGAGCUAUCCCUGUGGCCGUCCUUUUUGGGGUAUUCCUCUAUUUGGGGGUGUCCUCCCUCAAUGGUGUGCAGUUCUUCCAGAGGAUCAAACUGCUCUUCAUGCCAGUCAAGCAUCAUCCAGAGUUUGGCUUUGUGCGCAGGGUGCGGACCCUGAAGAUGCACAUCUUCACCGUUAUCCAGCUUGUGUGUCUGGUCAUCCUGUGGGUCAUCAAGUCCACUCAGGGUGCUCUCGCCUUCCCAUUCGUCCUCCUGUUGCUGAUACCGCUGCGUCUUCAGAUCAUGAGUCGUUUCUUCAACAAACAGGAGCUACACGAGUUGGAUAAAGAAGAGGACGAGUCUGAUGAUGAUGAGGAUGAACCUGACUUUUACAACCAGGUUCACAUGCCAAUAUAACAGCACAUCUUGUAUCCAUCCAAGCAAUACCAACAAAUUGCAGCUGGAGUAGAAUCUCCUGGAUUACCUGAAAUCCAUCCACCAAUCAAAUAUAAACCCAUCCUUCCAGCCUUCACCAUACAAUUCUUGUAAAUGCCAGGUUUGUCUACUGUGAUCAUCCAGCCAGGUGGUCAGCUGCCAAUACAAGGCUGUCAUUGAAUGGGAUUUAUACUAUAACUAGUAUUAAAACACCAAUAUGUUGUGUGCAAGUAGGGAAUAAAACUUUGACAUCAUAAUGUCUGGAAGCCCUUGGGUUACACUUCAUGAAGACCUAAAAAAUGUGUAAAACAUGCAAAACCAUCCUUCCAAGAACGUUUGGUUCAGUUCGUCUCAAGGCUCUACCGCUAAUUUGUUAAGGAUGUAUCAUGUUGAAGACAGCAAACUGUUGGCACCUCCAACACUGACAGGCUGAGGAGGAUUCAGAUACUCACGAUGUGUGUGGAAUCUCUGUAAGAUGGAGGACUUGGAAACCAUUGUAUGUUAAUGAUUUCAGUUUUGUUCUUGUUCCUGGAUGAAUUCUUCGAAUCAAUGGAUUUUAUGCUAACAAAUGGCAUGGCUGCAUUAUAAAUGGUGCUAAUUUACUUAGUUGAACCUAAUUCUUUGAUAAUUUGCUUCCUGUUGCUGUGGCCUUUCGGGUUUGAAAGCUUUAACUGAUUCAGAUUUCUUAAACUUUUGUUCUGUCUGUGUUGUUGUGUGGGUUCGAUUUUGAAAUACAACAAAACCGAACCUUUGACAUUGAUGAAAGAUCCUAUUUAUAUAUCAAUGUUUAUGAUGACUAUUUAUUUUUCUUUCCAUAUUUAAACAAAUAUAUUGUUAUUGUUGUUGAUUACCGUCAGUUGAAGAAACAAUAAGUGCUUUAUGUAUGUGUUGGUGUGGAUGGAUGCCUGUUGCAAUCUGGGACAUCACCACGUCAAUAUAUGGACCAGAUAAAAGAAUCACGGACGACAACCCACAACCUAUUUAGAAUGAAACAUUCAUACAAGUUGAAUGGAGAAGAUGUAUUUGCCUUGUUGUGACUGCUUGAUGCACGCUGUACAGAGGGCUGUGAUCGGGACAGAAUUCUCCACGGAAGCUGGACAUGUGUGUUUGUCAUUGCCCUGGUUCAUCCGUGUCUGCUAGUGAAUACGCUGACAGCCAUUGGUGUGUUUUCAUAUAUAAUCAAAUGCUGUUGUGUUUUGAGAAGUGUGGGAGGUAGAUGAUACAAGGAGUCUGUCGGAACUCAGCUUGAAGAGUAACAGUUGAGGGGAGCCUAAAAUCUGUGGUAAUGCCUGAUAAUAGGGCAACAAUGUUGUGGCAACCAUGGAUGAGUGGAGCUUUAGAGCUGUGAAUUGUUUCUGUUAUAUUUUGUGUCCAUUAGACAAGAUGUGUUUGUGUCUUCAGUUUGAGCUUAGCUGUAUGGCCAGACAGACAACUGCCUGCCUUUUGUAUGGCUAGAUGCACAACCAUGUGUCUGUUGUUUGGCUUGAAGGGUUGAAGGGACAACAAAAUAGCAAAUAAUUGAAGUGUGUGCCUCCUAACUAGAUGAAGCAAGUUAGUGAAGUGCCAUAAAAAUGUUUGCAGGUGCUUGCUCAACCAAUCAACAAUAUGAUUGUGAUAGUGAGUGCGUGAAAGAGACUACAUUGUUGGUUUCAUGUACACUUAGAGCUUCAUGGACUCCCUGUGGUGUAUGUUGACACUCUGUGACGUAUGUGGAGGCUCUGUGACGUAUGUGGAGGCUCUGUGACGUAUGUGGAGGCUCUGUGACGUAUGUGGAGGCUCUGUGACGUAUGUGGAGGCUCUGUGACGUAUGUGGAGGCUCUGUGACGUAUGUGGAGGCUCUGUGACGUAUGUGGAGGCUCUGUGACGUGAU